AUGAGAGAAGAAAGGAGAAGGGUUAGGGACCAAGAAGGAUCCGAGAAACGUGAUGGUAGACGUCCUCUAACUGUUCGAGAUGUGAGUUUAAUUCGUUUGGCAAGGAAUGGGGAUUUGGAUUCGAUCAAACAAAUGGUAAAGGAGGGAGUGAACAUAAACGAACAAGAUGAAACAGGUUGGACUGUAUUGCACGAAGCAUGUUUGCGGAACCUUCCACGUAUGGUAGAUUAUUUGCUACGGCAUGGAGCCGACCCUGGGAUCGCAAACAUGAACGGUGACACAGCACUUCAUAGUGCUGCGCGAUCAGGAUGUCUGCGUAUUGUUCGAGCUCUGUUAUAUUACAACUGUGAUCCCCUGCUAUCAAACCAUAAGGGUGAGAAACCUUUGGAUUUGUGUCAUGACCCAGAAGUAUGCAGUUUCCUCAAACAGCAUACUGAAACUAAUCAAUCACACAUGAUGUCGUCGUCUGGUUCUGGGAAGUCAUCACAUUUGAAAGUUCGCCAACAUCAUACACAUGGUACAAAACAUGUAAUAUCCUCUUUGUCUGGUACUACAGUAUCUAGCUCCACUGAAUAUCAUAGUGGUGGAGUGAAAGAUAACAGUAGCGUAGCGAGUCCAGCUGAUGUUUGUUCAGAGUCAGAAGAUGAUGGUCAUUCGCAUUCAGGUUUGAGUAUAACAACGAAUAUAUCUCAUCAUAAUAUUAGUCCUAUUACUACGGCUACUAUUACUGCCACUGCUACUAAUCAGCAGUUAGAUUUGAUUUGUCCAUCAUCUACCAGUCAAUUUAAUCAUGCAACAUCUAGUCCGUCAUUGUUAUCUUUACCAAAAUCCAUAACAACAGAUGUGCACAUCUCUUCAGCUAGAUCAUUGAAGAAAGAUCCUUAUGCAUUUGAAGAUGAUGAGAAUGAUGAGACAGUGAAGAAUUCUGGGAAUUCACUACUACAUCCUACGUCUGCUGGUGCUACUAAUAGUAGUAAUACAAACAUACAAACAGCAGGACAUUCGAUCAAUUUGAAUAAGUCAACUUCUUCCAAUUCUACCAUUGUUCCUACUUUGACUACUACUACUGCUGCAGCUGCCGCCGCCGCUACUACUGCUACCGUCGGUACUACGAAUACUACUACUACUACUACCAUUGUGAAUACAAACACGAAUAUUAGCCCAAGUAGUCAUAACAAUAUUGGUAGUGUUGCUGGUGUUAGUGUAAGUGGUAGUAGUGGUAGUGGUGGUUCAUUGUCAAAGCACGCAUGCCAACUAUCUUCUUGCAAUUUAUCAACAAUUGUGGAGUGUGGAAAUAUCACUUUGGAUAAUAACAACGAUAAUACAUUGACUCCAUUAACUGGAGGUACUACAACAACGACGUCUACUAGUAACAGUAGUGGCAAUCAUACACCCAGUCAGAAUAACAGUGUUGGUGGUCCUCCACUUCGACUUCGUUUUGCCAAAGAAGCUGGUCAGUAUACUUUGAUGGAACAUCAACAACAACAGCAACAACAAGUGGAUUUACCAGUUUCAAAUUGUGAUACAAAUGUUGUUCUUUCAUCCAGUGGGAUGAGUUGUCCAACAAUUGAAGCGUCUCAUCCUACUGUUGCUAAUGUUAACAGAAACAACAUGAUUUGUCCAAUGGAUAUGAAACAUGGUGACGAUGAUAAUAAUAAUCAUGAUAAUCAUAAUGUCAGUAAUGAGGCUAAUGAUGUAUCGAUGAUGAUAAAAACUGAACAAACCUCUUCCGUAUUAGGUGGUGAAGAAUUGGAUCAUGUGUCUACAUCAUGCCAUUCAGAGUCAUCAGGAGGCGAAGAAAUGUCAAAACUGAAGGUUCCACCUUUGCUUAUUAAUUUCGCUUCGGGGACUUCUGUAGAUGAGUCGUCAUCAAUAACUUCAUCGUGUCCGCCAUUCGGAGCAAGUUGUGGAGGACUGACGACUCACCCUCCUAAUAAUGUGGAGAGUAAUGCGAAUAAUGAGGCGAGUAUCAGCGAUCGAGGCGAGAUGAAACCUCAUGUGUCUGUUGAUGGUGUGAUCAAUGUGAAUAACAAAAGUGAUGGUAAAGAAGCUGGAGUCACUGUCAGUUGUGCGGUUUCCACAGUUGUCACUAGUAUAGUUUCAUCGAGUACUUCAGUUCAUGAUAAGGUUGGAUGUUCGAGCGUGGAGGAUGUGGGCGACGGUGGCAAUAGCAUUAGUCACAGUACUGGCGGUACUGAGAAUGUUCACGAUCAGUAUUCUGGUUGCCAUGAGAAGUCAUUUAAGGUCCAUGGUCAUGCUGUUGCAUCGAAUAUCCAGCAUGAAGAAUCGAGUAUUGAGUUGUCCACCUGUUGCACUCCACCAUCAUCGACAUGUACAACAAGUCCUGGGACGAGCACUAUGAGCAGUGUUAAGACAGUUGAGAUGAGUGGCAUUCGUAGUAAUGGAAAUAAUGUUGGUCGAGUAAAGGUAGAUACUACACAGGAGUCGAAUGGGUGUCACGGAAAGAGUACUAAUACUGCUACUAAUAAUAAUAACAAUAAUAAUAAUAAUAGCAAUAAUAAUAGUGCUGCAAAUAAUAAUAAUAACAGUAAUCGAGAAACAUCGAAAGACACUCACCGACAUCGUAGUGGGCGUACAUUACGUUCACAUACAGCUGCUCAACGUGAAAAAGAAGAGAAGGAACGUCAUGCGGAUGAUACUACUCCGAUUAAGAAGCGUAAACUUCGCUCUCGUUCGGAUGCUGUGACAAGUAAUGAGAAUAGUAGUCAUCAGAAUCGUAGUGGUGGAGGCGGAAGUGGUAGUGGAACAGCAAAUGUGAAUAAUCCACCUACAACGACUGGUCAGUCUGGUUCGUCAAAUGGAUCUUUUAGUUCUUUGUCGUCUUUGAAUCCUGUCGUAAAUAUGGAAGUGAUUGAAGAUACACAAGGUUGUUCAACUGUGACUGUUUCUUCUCAGAUUGACAGUCACUUUGGUGAUGAUGAGAAUAAAGUGUCUGUUGGUAAUUGCCAGUCCACAGUGCUGCCCGACAAAGAUACUACUGAUGUGCACAUGACUUGUGUUUCUGAAAUGGAACGAAGACAUUCUGUUUCAUCGUCUGCCACCAGUACUGUUUCUACAACGGGUACAACAACAACUACUACUAACCACAGUCAGAGCAUGGAAGUGGAUGUGAAGCCGGAGUUGUGUGAAACUCCUGUCUCACUUGUGCUGCUGAAUAUGGAUGUAUCAAAUAAUGUGAAUCUUUUGACAUCAAGUUCAGGAGUAGGACCUACGACGUCGAUGACAACAGUAAUUGUAACAGGAACAACAGCACCAACUCCAUCAUCAUCUUCGUCAGUAGUGGAACAGACAAGUGGACGCAAUGGUGAUGGAGAUUCGGACAUGAAUUAUUUAUUUUGUCCUGCUGCUCCUGGAGAUGAGGAUCGAAAAGAUAUUGAGUUGUUGAAAUUUCAAAAUCCUUAUUCAAAAGCUGCAGAACUGAAUAAGAAUUUACGUGAAAUUAUCAACAAUCUGGUGAAAGUGUAUCCGAAAGCACCGUGUGGCUAUCAAGAUUACCUGUUGGUUACUCGUAAUUACCUACUGGCUAAUCAACUGUCACUUGCGACGUAUAUGAGGCGUUCACCACCAAGUCAUUUGGAUGCGACAUUUGUGGAAUUGUUCAAUGAACAAGAAGAAGAACGUUAUGCUCAAGCAUUGAAGCACCAGUCGGAGCGAGAACAUUUACAACUGGGUGCUGAACAAGCUGUUUUACGUGCUCAAACUCGUGGUGCAUUAGCAGUGGCUAAUCAAUCGAAACCAUAUUCAUUUUGUUCAAUAUUAUCUUAUAAUGAUUUAACGUAUAUUCCUCCAGUUGGUAAAUUAGAGAAUCGAGAAGAAGAGAGUAUACGUGAUCGUUUUACUCCUCGUACAUUUAUCGGUUGGCUUGAAGACAUAAUCGAUAGAUUUCAAAAUGAAAAGAAGAAAUUACUGUGUCGACAACUUCAUGAAGCCGAGUCAUUAAUGAUGGUGCAGAAACUUGAAUGGGAAAUGAAGACACGUGAAACAUUGGCAUCGAAUAUCGAUUGUAUUGGUGUUGUAGAUAUAUUCAAAGAUAUUCCAGCUAGUUAUGUCCCAUUGAUCUCAGUUCCAAAUGAUUUUCCCUUGUUCGCUCAUGAUCCGGUGCAUCGGGCAACGGCGACGACGACACCCACAGUUCCGGGACUGUCGUCAACAACUGCGAUGACAAUGACAAGCUCGUCGACUACUCUGAUUCCUGUGACCUCCACUACGAACAUCACCAUUCAGACCACCGUCAAUAAUGGUAACCUGGCUGCU